GCCUGGGGCGAGGGGGAUGGGCGCGCCCAGCGGGUUGGGUGACAAGGUGCAAGGGCAGAGCCGGCAGAGGCAUCGGGAGUUGGCUGGCGAGCUUGCGGCAGAGGCAGGUGCCAGCUGCGAGUGGGCGGAGGGGCGGGCGCCCGGCCAGGCGGGGGAGGCCCGGCGUCACCUCUGCCUCUAGGAGUCGGGCGCGCAGACGAGCUCGCCCAGAGCAGCCGGGGGCACGGGCGUCCCCGCCGCCCGCAGAAGGAGCCGCGGGAGCAGUCGCAGCAGCCGCCAGGCGACAGCAUCCUCUGGAGAGACGCCCCAGGCCCCGCAGCCGCCUUCCUCCGCCCGGAGGCGAGCGCCGCCGCCCGCUCCCCGCGCUCCCGCUCGCCGUCGCCCCCCGGCCCCGCCGCCCGUCCGCCCGCGGGGAAAAGCAGGCACCCGCGCCCCCGGCCCUUCCCUGCCGCGGGCUCCCGGGCCGGCGGCGCGGGGAGAGAAGGUGCCGGAAGCAGGGGCCCAGAGGCACCAUCCCCGGGUCUCCAGUCCACGCGGAGAAGAGACGCCCGGCAACACCGCGAGCCCCCGCGCCGCCGGUCCCCAAGUUCAGGGGCGACACCCCUCAAGGAGGGGGAGGGGGAGGGGUGCGAUCCCGCGCGGUGAGCACCCCGGCCCCAUCGACCCCGGCCGGCCCUCGGCGCCCAGCGCCCGCCCGGGUCCCCGGAGACGCCCGCGCGCCCCGGCGGGGCCAUGCCCGCGCUGCGCCGGGACCGCCUGCUGACCCUGCUGCUGCUGGGCGCGCUGCUCUCCGCCGACCUCUACUUCCACCUCUGGCCCCAGGUGCGGCGCCAGCUGCGGCCCCGGGAGCACCCGCGGGGCUGCCCGUGCGCCCGCCGCGCCGCCUCGCCGGGCCCGGCCCCCGCCGCCGCCUCCCCGGCCCCCCGCGCGGCCGCGCGCAACUUUUCCCGAGCCGGGCCCGGGCCCGAGCGGCGCGGCGGCCGCGGCUCCAAACUGCAGGCCCUCUACGCCCACCCGCUGUACCGCGUCCCGGAGGAGCCGCCGCUCCUCGGGCCGGAGGACUCGCUCCUGGCCAGCCAGGAGGCGCUGCGGUACUACCGGAGGAAGGUGGCCCGCUGGAACAGGCGGCACAAGAUGUACCAAGAACAGCUCAACCUUACCUCCCUGGACGCGCCACUACAGCUCCAACUUGACGCCAGCUGGAUCCAGUUCCACCUGGGGAUCAGCCGCCACGGGCUGUACCCCCGGUCCAGCCCUGUCGUCCGCCAACUGCUCCAGGACAUGAGACGCUCUCCCACCAUCAGCGCUGAUUACAGUCAGGACGAGAAAGCCCUGCUUGGGGCUUGUGACUGCACCCAGAUUGUGAAACCCAGUGGGGUCCACCUCAAGCUGGUUCUGAGGUUCUCAGACUUCGGGAAGGCCAUGUUCAAACCCAUGAGACAGCAGCGACAUGAAGAGACACCCGCCGACUUCUUCUAUUUCAUCGACUUCCAGAGACACAACGCUGAGAUUGCAGCUUUCCACCUGGACAGGAUUCUGGACUUCCGGCGAGUGCCACCCACAGUGGGGAGGCUAGUCAAUGUCACCAAGGAAAUCCUAGAGGUCACCAAGAAUGAAAUCCUGCAGAGUGUUUUCUUCGUCUCUCCAGCCAGCAACGUGUGCUUCUUUGCCAAGUGCCCAUACAUGUGCAAGACUGAAUACGCCGUCUGCGGUAACCCGCACCUGCUGGAGGGCUCCCUCUCCGCCUUCCUGCCGUCCCUCAACCUGGCCCCCAGGCUGUCUGUGCCCAACCCCUGGAUCCGCUCCUACUCGCUGGCAGGAAAAGAGGAGUGGGAGGUCAAUCCGUUGUACUGCGACACGGUGAAACAGAUCUACCCAUACAACAGCAGCCGCCGUCUCCUCAACAUCAUCGACAUGGCCAUCUUCGACUUCUUGAUAGGGAACAUGGACCGUCACCAUUACGAGAUGUUCACCAAAUUUGGGGAUGACGGGUUCCUUAUUCACCUUGACAACGCCAGAGGGUUUGGACGACACUCCCAGGACGAACUCUCCAUCCUGUCACCGCUGUCCCAGUGUUGCAGGAUAAAAAAGAAAACGCUUUCGCACCUGCAGCUGCUGGCCCAAGGCGACUACAGACUCAGUGACGUGAUGCGGGAGUCUUUGCUAGAAGACGAGCUCAGCCCCGUCCUCACGGAGCCCCACCUGCUGGCCCUGGACCGGAGACUCCAAAUCAUCCUUCAGACAGUGAAGGGGUGUGUGGAGGCCCACGGAGAGCAGAGCGUCAUAGCCAGUGACCCCGCAGGAGAGUCGGCCCCGGACUCUGGCCGGGCUAACCCGACAAGCUAGGGGCCGGGUGAAGCCGCAUGUCAGGGACGACGCCUGCGGCCGGCGGUGGACUCGGGUGCGGACCCCGGCUUCCUCGCGCCCCCGUCGAGGGGGGAGGCGCUGGGUCAGGAAGUCCUGGGGCACCAGGAUGAUUCUACAGGAGCAAGACCCAAAGGAGAGGGAUCCGCCGAACUUCCUCGGUGCACUGCUUCUCUAGGGGACCUCCUUGGCUCCCUCUUUCCCAGAAGGCACUGCUUCAUCAAGGCCACAGACCAGCUCCUGAACCCACCAGGGGAAUCUGGACAGGAGUCGGGCUUGGAAGGCCGGGAAGCCUUGUCCCCGGGAAAAGGGUAGAACAAAUAAAAUAAAAGGACACCAGUGGCACCUA